AAAAGUAAAGCAGAAACAAUUGCAGAGGAAAACAACAGGCGACUAAAAGCUAAAGAAGAAGAGAAAGAACAGGAGCAAUGGAAAGCCUUGUGUAUACCAACUGAAAAGGAAAUAAAAGCAAAUCAGACUCUUGGAAUAAAUAAAUUGGAGAAGUUUCUCAAGAUCCUGAAAAGUAAAUCUGUGAAGUUCAGCGUAGAGAUAACAGCACUGUCUGCCUGUUUAGAAGUCUGGAAGGAGCACUGCAGAGAGCAAGGUAACAAAUCUAAAGAUUUAACCAAAGCUGUUCAACUUAUGAGGAGAAUUCAUAUCCUCCUUGAAAAGUAUCAAGAUCUCUUGAAGAAGCCACAUGUACAAAAGCUGACCAGAUAUCUAAAACUUCUUGGAUUUAAGAAUUUGGCAUGCUCUCUACCUGACCAGACAGGAGAAAGUAAUGAUGACAAUGUAAGCAACUAUGCUAUCGGAAUGGGUCCAGCUCGCUUUCAGCUACAAUACAUGGAUUAUUACUUGCUCAGAGAAGAGAGAAAUGAUCCAGAUCCCCGAGUGCAACAUUUCAUACCAGACACACAGCAGCGAGAACUUCUUGAUGCUGUAGAUAAUAAUGAGUCUGCGGUGAUUGUUGCUCCCACUUCCUCAGGAAAAACAUAUGCGUCAUAUUAUUGCAUGGAAAAAGUUCUGAAAACAAGCAAUGAAGUAGUAGUUGUGUACGUUGCUCCUACAAAAGCCCUUGUGAACCAAGUGGUGGGAACUAUAUACAGUCGAUUCACCAAGAAACUUCCAGAUGGAUUGGUAAUGUGUGGAGUCUUCACACGAGACUAUCGUCAUGAUGUCAUGAAUUCUCAGAUACUAGUGACUAUGCCUCAAUGUUUAGAAAUCUUGAUGCUGUCUCCUCGUUGCCAGAAAUGGACCAAACGGAUACAAUAUGUUAUACUCGAUGAGGUCCAUUGUCUUGGCAGUGAAAUUGGAGUAGAGGUUUGGGAGCAUCUUCUGAUAACAAUUCGAUGUCCAUUUUUGGCGCUCUCUGCUACUGUCUGUAACCCAGAACACCUGAGUACCUGGUUACAAUCUGUGAAAAGAUAUUGGCAACGUGCUGAGCAAACAGUAGGAGGAAGCUCUACAAACUGAAAGAACUUUACAAGAAAAUGUAAAGCGAAAUCUAAAGUACCAGAACAAAAGAAAGCGUAUCGUGUUAGACUAGUCUUGUAUGAAGAAAGAUACAAUGAUUUGGAGAAGUACGUGUGUUCUCUAAAGGGCAGUGAUUUUAUCAUUGAACAUUGUCAUCCGUGUGCUGCAUUGACAGUCAAUCAUAUUGAGAACUAUGGUAUUCCUUCAGAUCUUUCUUUGUCUCCACGAGAGAGCAUCCAGCUUUAUGACAUAAUGGUAAAAGUCUGGCAAGAGUGGCCAAGGGCACAGGAGCUAGAUCCUGAGGAAUUUGUCUCUUUCAAGAAUAAAGUAGUAAUAAAAAAGGCAGAUGUGAGAAAAUAUGAACAGGAACUGAAGAAAGAACUAAGCAAAUGGAUUGCGCUUGGCCAAAGGCAGAAGGUGAAUGAGCUCCUGGAGCACCUUAAGCCAAAACCUGUGGAUUGCUCAGAAAAGGAAAAGCGGAAGCAUUUUGCAAGCUUUGUGGAUAAAUUACAUGAGAUGGAUAAGUUGCCUGCCAUACUUUUUAUAUUUACCAAAAUAGAAGUGCAAGAUCAAACCCUGUCCUGCAGUUCAAGAAGUGGCAGAGACUUUUAUUUUACAUCUAAGAAUUGCCAUGGCUCUGAACUAGCAUCUCAUUUGAUGGACACCACCAAAAGCAUAUCUGCCAUCUCGCCUUUUGCCUGUUUAUCUGGAGUGGUUGAUAACUACCUAUUUCAUGGGGAGAUCAUUAAUAAAGCUGUCUUACGUUCCCUUGGAAUUAAUGUCAAAAACUGCCCCCUGCUUUAUUUGAACAGGUAUGAUAAUCGGGGAAGGAGAAGGCUGCUCAAUGCAUAUGCACUGGACUUCUAUAAGCAUGGUUCCUUGAUUGCAUUGACAACAGAUAACUGGUUAAAUGAAGGAGAUGCUUACUACGCACUCAAGGAUUUUUCACUCCUCAUUAAGUCUAUUGGAGUAUCACUGAGUGAACUGUGUGAUGAUCUGAAUGAUAAUGUUCUACUGGCAUUUCAACAACUGGGCAAAAUCUAUGAAGAGAAACUGAAGUGUAUUACCUGA